AUGACGGUGGCGGCAGCAGCAUCUACCGCCCAUGUCGACAACCACCACGACGGAGGACGCAUCCUACAGUACCUACUUAAAGACUUUGUGGAUUUCCGCGACUUUUACCUACGAGACGAGUACAUCAACAGCAACGCGUCGUUGAUCGCAUCACUGUAUCGCGUGCGAAAUCAACGGUAG